AAAUCCGUGGUACUUUUUAUAGUAACUGGCAUCGCGAAGUCUUUCGGUGUUUUUAUUCCUACAAUGGUCGAGCGUCUGGAGUCAGAUUAUGCUACUGUCGGAUUGAUAUGUAGCUUGCCUGCAACAUCUAUGUACCUCUUAAGUCCUUUUGUAACACUUGUUCUGAAGAAGAUCAACCAUCGCGUUGUCGCUAUGCUAGGCGGAGUGUUGUGUGGAUCAUGUAUUAUUGCCAGCGCUUUCUUCAAAAACUCAGUUACUGUAGGAGUCUGUCUCGCUUUAUCAGGUGUUGGCUUGUCAAUGACCUACAUGCCAACAGUGAUUGCACUGAAUGAUUUCUUCAGAGAAAAAUUCGUUUUGAUGAACACAAUCACGUUGUACGGCUACACCACUGGAUCCAUGCUGCUCCCUAUUAUAAUGGAACGGUCAUUCGAAGCAUAUGGCUAUGUAGGGGCUUUUAUUAUCCUUGGCGGAGGAGGAAGUGGAAAGAGAGGAGGAUAA